AUGCUUCUGUCCCGAGCCCAGGCCCGACUGGCCCCGGCUCAUAGCCAUGCCCUAGUCCGCCUGCGGACGGGCACCGGCGCCCCGGGAUUGCGACCGAUGAACACAGUCGCAUCUGCUCCGAGACAAGUCCGUCAACCUGACGUCCCGUUCCGUCUGGCUGUCAUCGGCUCAGGGCCCGCCGGUUUCUACGCCGCUUACCGCGUCAUGUCACAACUACCAGCAGCUAAGGUCGACAUGUACGAGUCGCUACCCGUUCCUUUCGGCCUCGUUCGUUUUGGAGUCGCCCCGGACCAUCCCGAGGUCAAGAAUUGCCAAGAUAAGUUUGAAGAAGUUGCAAGCUCGCCCAACUUCUCUUUCAUGGGCAAUGUCUCCAUUGGCGACUCGGCUCUUCAUCCCGACAGCUGCACUGUCCCGUUCCCCACGUUACUGCGCAACUACGACGCCGUGUUGCUGGCGUACGGGGCCGCCAAAGACAGAACUCUUGGCAUUCCGGGAGAGUCUAAUCUUCAGGGUGUCUACUCGGCCCGUCAGUUUGUGGGCUGGUAUAAUGGGCUCCCAGAAUACGCCGGACUGGCGCCGGAUCUAACAAAGGGCGAGGAGGCUGUCAUUAUUGGCCAGGGUAACGUGGCUCUGGAUGUUGCUAGGAUGCUUCUCGAAGACAUUGACGUUCUACGGCGGACCGACAUUACGGAAGAAGCACUGGCUCAGCUUGCAACCUCCCGUAUCAAACGAGUCCGCAUCAUUGGAAGACGCGGACCGAUGCAAGCAGCGUUCACUAUUAAGGAGGCCAGGGAGCUAAUGAAAACCCAAAAUGUUGCCUUUCAUCCUGUGGAUAAGACCCUCGUCCCCCCAGAUAUCAAGUCGCUGCCCAGAGCAGCGAGGCGCUUGAUGGAGGUGGUCGCCAAGGGCUCUGCAGCUCGCCCAGAAGAUGCUGCUAAGUCAUGGUCACUCGACUUUUGCCUCAGCCCUGUUGAAUUCCGAGCCAGUGAAACGGCCCCGUCUGACGUCGGGGGCACCGUUUUCGAACGAACGGAACUGUCUCACAAGUUCGACCCUGGUGCCCAGGCGCGCCUCACAGGGGAAACACUGGUAAUGCCAUCGAGCUUGGUUUUCCGGUCUAUCGGUUACAAAUCCGUACCAUUGCCGGGGCUCGGGGAAGCCGGUAUAGCAUUCGAUGAGCGGCGAGGCGUCGUGAUGAACGACGGACGUGGCAGAGUUCUUGGAACGGACCAGGGCAAAUGCUCUGACUCGACCCAGUCAGGAGUAUCUGCCGGCGUCUACUGCGCUGGAUGGGUGAAGCGAGGUCCAACUGGCGUCAUUGCUUCGACGAUGCAGGACGCCUUCGAGACAGGUGACUCCAUUGUCCAGGAUUGGCUUUCCGGCUUACAGUUCCUCUCGCAAGCCAACGCAAACCCCGCGGCUGGCUGGGAGGGUGUUCGAGGUGAGAUGGGCGAGUCGGCGUCCAAGAGAAUCGGAUGGGAUGACUGGCGUAAGAUCGAUGACGCAGAGAAGGAAAAGGGCCGAGCCAUAGGCAAGGCGCGGGAAAAGUUUACGUCCACCAAGGCUAUGCUGGAGGUGCUGUCAUAG